GUAAUUUGUAGUGUGAUCGCGGGCGUUGAGGAUGUGUUAGUGGCGACGAUAACAACUCCCAGGGGACGAUGGCACGGCCUGCUGGCCUCCGCGAGUGACACUAUCCCCGGCACCUCGCGAACACUGGGCCUCGCUCCUCCUCGCCCUCAAUCAUGUAUUCUGCCUGCAAGUGCUGCUAAUUGCAAGGUGCGAACCGACCCCGAUGUAAUUCGGAAGUGCGCGUUCCGACGGACAAACGGCGUUGUCCACGCUGGAGGCUGGUGCCCACGACGCUGCCGCCGGCCUCAUGGCUCCUGCACGCGGCCGCUGCUAAAGAAAAACUCGUGGUUUAACCUCGAGUUGUUGUAACGAGACGGUAAUUACUGCAGAAAGUGUAAUUAGCGGGUUGUUAGGUGAAUAGUGCGGUUAGAGCGGCGUGAUGUGUGACACUUCAGAGACCAUGGACACGCGGUCAGAGCCCUCCCAGGGCACUGACGGUGACGCUGACGAUGACAUCUCCGUCGGCAGCCAUUCGCCGCUGCCGCCGCCUCGCAACGACACAGACGACUCCAUGAUCGACGUAGACGACAGCGCCAACGAUGAGCGCGGCGAAAAGGUAGCGGCGAGCCCCAAGGUGGAGCCUCCGGACCCCGCCAUGAGCCCCGGGCCGCCCCGGACGCCCCCCGUGGCCCACCAGGCCAACAACGCCGCCCUCCACCGCUCACUCAAAUUCUCCAUCGACAACAUUCUUAAGCCCGAUUUCGGGCGUCGUCUGGGCGAGGCGGUGGAGAGCAGCGACCAGCCCGUCGACCUCUCCCGGGUCACCAACAGGGAUCCCAAGAAGAUUUUCGGUGACCCGGCGCGCAGCCUGGCUGAGGUGGGUCAGGCACCUAACAACCUCCUCCUGAAGGAGCGGGAGGGCAGUGGUGGAACCCUCUGGCCCGCUUGGGUUUAUUGCACCCGAUAUUCCGACCGACCUUCUGCAGGUGAGUACUGCCGUCCCUACUGUACCACCUGGUUUAUAUCAACUGCACCACCUGGUUAAUAUGAGCUGUACUGCCUGGUUUAUAUCGACACCUAACGACGCUACCUAUAGUGCUGCCUCGAGCCUUUGCUCCAAGAAAUUAGAGCUUCCCUCUUCUUCUAUGGAUCAAACUUGAUUACCUCUCCUUCCUCAGGCGCCGUAGACCCCUGCGGGUAUAGCGCUUCAACCAUAAAAAUAAAUAUAAUGCACGUCACUUGAGAAGCUUGCACUCUCCGUGUUGUGUUCGCGGGGGGUCGAGUCUCGGCU